AUGCUGCCCGAGGCGGACAAGCCGUGGCGUGCGUUGGUGCUAGUGCUGGUGUCCUUUGGUGUGCUGCUUCCGGGUACCGUCAACAAUCAACCACUCGGUGUUACCAACCGGGCGGGCAACCCUGCUGACCGGCAAACGGAUCUGCGCCGGCUCGCCACGAUCGGUCUAGUGUUCGGUGCGAUCGAAACCGAGGCCGCCCUGGAGCGUGCCGUGGAGCGGCAGCUACGCGAUCUGCGAACCAGCGCACCAGGACGAACGCACGCCGACCUGUUGGCUGGGUUGGCGGGCGUGCUGGAGCGCAGCCAGGUCGCGCUCGAUCUGCUCGAUCGGGGGCUGGAGCUGGCGGCCGCCCCCCGACCACUGGCAUCGUCCGGUGACUAUCGGCGUGAGCUACGCAAACGAUCACAGCAACAACAACAGAGUGCACCGAGGAAGUUCCGCUUGAUAUCUCUGAAUGAUAGGAACAGCUCCACUGCGCAGCCAUCGUCAGUUCCACUGACGGUCAUCGAGCGGCAGGUCGAUGAGCAGUUGGCGCAGAUGCGCCACCGACUGGCCACACGCAUCCGGCGCACCGUGCAGCAUCUCCAGCAGCACCAGGGCCCCCGGGACGCUGGAAGCCGUCUCGACGUUGCGACGGUACAGCGUCUGCUCGCGCAGACUGCACCGGCCACCUCGGUUCGCCCCUUCCAGGAGCUGCUCCAGAGUGGAUUGCAGCAUCACAUUGAGCGGCUCUUCCGGCGGCCACGGCAGGAUCAGCAGCAGCAGGGGCAGAAUGAGCUGGCUAUUUCAGUGGAAGGAGUGGCAGCGAGUGGUGAGGAAGGAGAAUCGUCGGCCUCUGCAUCGUCGGAGGAGGAGGAUGGUCCUGGUGGACUGGUGGGGCUGAUCGCGAGCCUGAGUGGUGGUGGUGACGAGGGCUCUGACGUAGGCGCUCUUAUCGGUACCCUGUCCGGUCUGAUCACCAAUCUGUUCGGGCCCGGUGGACUCGAUAUACCGGGGCUGCUGGGAACCGGAACAUCGCUGAUCGCGGGACUCCUAGGGGGGGAUGACAACUUCGGCAAGGUGCUGGGCAGCUACGUUGGUAUCGCUAUCGAGGGGUUGUCCGGUGGUGGUGCGGAUAUGAACGGUGCAUUCUUUGGCAAUUUCCUUGGAGCACUUCUGGCCGCCCUCAGCUCGGACCCCGAAGAUGAGAGUUUGCCCCUGCGACCGAAGCUGUUCAUCGAGAACUUCUUCAGCGGACUGCAGGAGGCAAAGCGCAAGGAUGAUCCACAGGAAGACGACCAGCAGCAGCAGCACCAGGGUGGUGGUUCCGAUCUGUUUGGUUUCAUCACGCACGUUGUGUCAUCGGUGGUCGGUGGCAUCACCAGCCUGGUGCUCAAUGCAUCCCUCGGCUCGUCCGGUGGCUCGUCGCAGGGCUCCGUCGACGCAUCCGGUGCCUCGUCGUCCAGCUCCUCCGGUUCGGCAGACCACCGCCGCUAG